AUGAAUAUCAUAUCCGUUAUUCUGUUGUUAUGGCGCACAGUAAUACUAAGUUGUUGCCAUGGAGCUGCAACAACUAGUGCAGCAUCAGCGCCUAUAGCAAAGCCUAAUUGCACAACGCAUUGUGGAGAUGUUGCCAUCCCAUACCCUUUCGGGAUUGGACCUCACAAAGAUUGUUACUUAGAUGAAUGGUUUCAAAUAGACUGCAGGCACAACAACUAUACAACCUCAACUAAUUACAGCAGGCAGGCGCCUUUCCUCACUACAAGCUCAGCUAAUUACAGCAAGCAGGCGCCUUUCCUCAAGAGCCUCAACCUGGAGCUGCUAAGUAUUUUUCCGGCAGGCAAUCGGUUCAGCUGCGAGGGAAAGGAAACUCGUCAACCCCAGAAUUUGACGGGCAGUCCUUUCCUUUACUCUCACACAGAGAACAUAUUCAUUGCAGUGAGUUGUGGCCUCUCUGCCACUAUGACCUCAGAUCGUGGGACUGUCACUGGUUGCCGGUCUAUUUGUCAAAACACUACAGGGGGCGACUUUCGCAACUGCUAUGAACGUAUGGGCGGCUGUUGCCAAGAUACUCUUGUAACAUAUGAACGCACCAGAGGUUUUACUAUUGAGAUACUAUCAAAUUCAUCAACAUCAUAUCCAACGGACGAUUGCAAGUAUGCAUUUUUGGUUGAGACAAAUUGGUUUGAUAGCUUAUUGAAUUUUCGAGAAGUGAAGGAUAUGGACAGCGUUCCUGUGGUGCUAGACUGGAUCUUAGAAGUACAUGACUAUGGUGAAAGAUUCAGAGGAAAAACAGACCAGAGUGGUAACCCCUCAACACCCUUUUGCAACAGCUAUGAUGAUUGGAACACGAUAACUUGUGUCUGUCGGCCAGGCAUGGAAGGAAAUCCUUAUCUUCUCCAACCUUGUCAAGAUAUCGAUGAAUGCAAAGGCAGUAAUGGGUGUAACGGCGAUGUAUGUGAGAACUUUGUUGGGGGUUAUAGAUGCUACUCAAAUAUAACUGGCGAUAAAUGUUUGUCUUUUGAUUCUGACUAUGGUGACGAUAAUGUUACUACAACAUGCCACUCCAGAACCACAUCGGGUCAUCGGGCCUCUGAAAUCAAAACUAUUAUUUUAGGUCUUGGCUCCGGUGUUGGGCUAUUGUUACUACUCAUUGGUGCACGGUGGGUACACAAAAUCGUCAAGAAAAGGAAAACCAUUGCACGCAAGAAAAUGUUUUUCAAACGAAAUGGUGGUUUAUUGUUAGAGCAACAAUUAUUGUCUGGCAAAGUUAAUGUUGAAAAAAUCAAGUUAUUCAAUUCAAAAGAAUUAGAAAAGUCCACCAACAAUUUUAGUAUUGAUAGAAUUCUUGGUCAGGGAGGUCAAGGUACCGUUUACAAAGGCAUGUUGACGGAUGGAAGAAUUGUUGCGGUAAAGAAGUCCAAAAUGGUGGACAAAAGCAUGCUCUCGGAAUUCAUCAAUGAGGUUGUAAUUCUUUCACAAAUCAACCACAGAAAUGUGGUUCAAAUUAUUGGUUGUUGUUUAGAGACCGAAGUUCCACUUUUGGUCUACGAAUUCAUUCCGAAUGGAACUCUUUCUCAAUAUAUCCAAGAGCAGAUUGAGGAAUUCCCACUCACAUGGGACAUGCGGUUGCAAAUUGCCACAGAAAUUGGGGGUGCUCUUUCGUACUUACACAGUGCAGCUUCCUUUCCCAUUUAUCACAGAGACAUCAAGUCUGCCAACAUACUUUUGGAUGAAAAAUACAGAGCAAAACUUGCUGAUUUUGGAACUUCAAGAUCAAUUUCCAUUGACCAAACUCAUCUAACCACAUGUGUACAUGGAACAUUUGUAACAUGGUCACAAGAAAAAGAAUACAGAAGUCUUGCCACAUAUUUCAUUACCUCGAUGCAAGAAGAUCGUCUGUUUAACAUUGUUGAUGCUCGAGUUCUGAAGGAGGGCUCUGAAACAGAAAUCCAAGUAGUCGCUAACCUCGCAAGGAGAUGCUUGAAUAUGAACGGAACAGACCGUCCUACAAUGAGAGAGGUUACAUCAAGGCUAGAGGCUGUACAAAUGUCAAGAAAAUCUUUGAUUAGUGCUCAGCAAAAUUCUGAGGGGAUUGAUUUUGUGGAAGAUGAUUCAGUUGGGAAUUGGGAUGUUGAAUCACUUUCAGAAGUGUCGGCUAGCUACUAA